GCUUGACCCUGAUGUAAUCUUAAGUCUUGGAAAAUCAUCCUUCCUUCAUCCCGCCUUCCAAGUCGAACAUAACACAUGUAGUAUUUUUCCACUAUUCCUAGUUUUCCUCUCUAUCUCUUCUUGUCCAUUGCCAGCUCAUAUACCUACAUCACAAUGAGCAACACACGCUUGCCGGGAGGUUCGAUCCCCAACGAAGUCGGAGCUGACAAGCGGCUGCUCAGCACGUCAAAGCCUCCAGACGCCCGCAUGCAGCAUCUCAUCGACGAGGUGAACAAGCACGGCUUCGUCAUCAUCCGGGACGCCUUUGAUGCCUCCACCGUGGCCGCGGCGAAAGCUGAGGCCCUGAGGCUGACCAACGACCCGGAGACGGCUGGGCCUGCUGGCCAGGCGGGCCGCAACAACUUCGAAGGGCACAAGACGCAGCGCAUGUACUCGCUGGUGAACAAGUCGCGGAUCUUCGACGCCUUUGCGCUCCACGAGGAUGUGCUGACGCUGAAUGAUCAUUUCCUGGAUGCCGGGUAUCUGCUCAACUCGUUUCAGAGCAUCAACAUCCUGCCCGGGGAGACGGCGCAGACGCUGCAUUACGAUCAUGGCUUUGCGACGCUGGAGAGGCCGCAUAGGCCGCUUGGCUCGGGCGUCAUGAUUGCUCUCGACGAUUACACCGCCACCAACGGCGCAACUGUCAUCGUCCCCGACUCUCACAACUGGGAUUCAAACCGCAUCCCCACCAUGGAGGACACCGUCCCCGUGAUCAUGCCGGCGGGCAGCAUCAUCUACUUCCUCAGCACGCUGUGGCACGGCGGCGGCGCGAAUACCAGCGACAAGCCCCGGUUGGCGCUGACGGCGCAGUACUGCCAGCCUUGGAUCCGGCCCAUGGAGAACAUGAUCCUGGCGGUUGACUGGGAGAAGCUGGACGAGCUACCGGAGAGGCUGGUGGGCAUGCUUGGCUACAAGGUUGGCAGCCCGUUUAUUGGCUUUGUGGAUGGGCACAGUCCGAGGGCGGCGGUGCAGAGGUUGCUGGCUAAGUGGAAGGGCAAGGCUGAGUCGAAGCUGUGAGAGAUGCUUGUUUUUCACCAUCACAAGUUGGUUGCAUAUAAUGUGUGUAGCAUGUGCGUAGAGAGGAACGAGGGUUAGCUGGAGGUCUGAGUUUCAUGUUAUUUAAUACAUCAGAUGGCCGUCUUUUUGUUUGGACUCGACUGGCUUGGAGACAUUUGUAUUUGCAAUUGAUGGUUGGAAACUGGCGUCGACUGAGUUGAUGCUCGUUGUUCUUCUUCAUAUUGGGCGCUGUUACACUGGAAAUAUGCAUAAUGUUAUCGAGCCAAUUAGACACUGGCCAAUC